AAAAUGGCCGCCACAGAUAAAACUGAGGUUUCACUGAGAGAAACAAAAACUACAUUCACACUCGAGUAAACUGAACAAAUUCGACCCGAAUGCUGUCAGGAAAUAUCAAACACUCUAUACAGUGGGGUUAAUUAUUUUGGUGUCAGAAUUAAAGCGUUGUGUAGAGUAUAGCUCGCGCGUGCACGCGCUUGUGUGUGUGUUCGGGCUCGAGCGGAACCGGAGAGUCCAAUGGCGGACCCGAGAAAAGUCCCGUUCGUCACCCUCACCUCAUACAGCAACACACCGGCGCCAGAGUCCAAGAAGCGGCGGCGGGAGGACGAGGAGAAUGAGCCGAACCCCUCCCCUGUCGGUUCUGCUUCUGUUGGACUGUUCGGUGCGGCGAAUCCAGCAACGGAACCUGGCGAACCCAAACCAACCGUCCGACUGAACCUGAGCCUGUCCGAACCUAGCGAACAGAAAUCCGCAGAGUUCAACUACAGCGAGCUCUUUCACACCAGUGUGCAGGCGAGGAAAGUUCCUCAAGGGCUCACAGCUGCUCUGGACCCCAGUGACCCGUUUGCAGAUGAAGAUAAAGAGAGACAGGAAGUUGAAGCUCUGGCGAAGAAAUUUGAGAGCAAAUAUGGAAAUGGUGGAAAGAAGAAAAGAAGGGACAGGAUGCAGGAUCUCAUCGAUAUCGGUUACGGCUACGAUGAUACCGAUCCAUUCAUCGACAACUCAGAGGCUUAUGAUGAGCUCGUUCCUGCAUCUCUGACCACUAAACUGGGUGGUUUCUACAUCAACACCGGUACACUGCAGUUCAGAGCCGCUUCUGAAUCCGAGGGAGAAAAUGGACGAAAAGACUCCAACCAUAUAAGGAAAGAUGGAGAGGAACGAGUGAUUAAGAGGAGGAAGAAGAAGCAGGUUGGAGGUCUAGAGGAGAAAAAACCCAGGAAAUUCAAAGUACCAAAGCCAGGAGUUUCGUCUCUGAACCGUCCGGAAAAGAAGAAGAGGAAGAAGCUGAUGAAGGAUUCGCUCUCUCUAGCGGCCAUGAUCCGCCGGUUCACACGUGAGAAAGAGGAGAUGAGAAAGAAGACCCCGACGAAUGCCGUGAAACUCAAUGCCGCACACGCUCAAACUAACGCUGUCACCCCUGGCAACGACCUGUCCAUGGCUGACCUGAACGCUGACCCGGCGGUGAUGUCACUGCUGGGUGGGGCCACAGAGAACGAUAUGCUGCAGGAAUUGAUGGGAGAUCUAGACUUCGGGUUGCUGGACUCUCCUCAACCGUCCAGUCCUGGACAGGGCGAGAACGGAUCCGUGGCGGCGGCUCAGAAAGCGGGGGUUGUGGGCAGAGUGCAGAAGACUGGGUUGAUGCCCCCUCCACCCCUUCCCACCAGCCUACCUGCCCCCCUCCUUAAACGCAUUGAGGACCUGCAGGCGGCAGACUUCAGUGGAGAGAGCGAGCCAGCAGCAGGAGAGGCGUCUCGUCAGUUUGAUGUUGAAGGCAGGAAGAAGUUCUUCACGCUGGACAUGAACAACAUCCUGCUAGAUAUUGAGCUGCAGGUGCAGGAGCAGCCGGCGUUAAUGCGUACUGCUGUUUACUCCCAUCUGGAGGCGUUUGUUCCGUGUAAUAAAGAAGCUCUGCUGAAGCGUCUGAAGAAACUCAGUCUGAACAUUCAGGACGACAGAAUGAAGACGCCGCUGCUCAAACUCAAACUGGCCGUCUGUAGCGUCAUGCCGGAGCAGAUUGCACGCUAUAACAUGGACUGCAUGGCCAAAGUCGCCAAGCAGCAGUCUGAGGACGGCGAGCGAAAUGGCUCAGAGGAGGAAGAUGAGGAGAAGCCUGGACGAAGAGUGAUGGGACCCAGGAAGAAAUUUGUGUGGGACGACAAACUCAGGACUCUGCUGUGUAAUCUGGUGCGUGUGAAGUUGGGCUGUUAUGAGCUGGAGGGUCAAAGUUCACUCUCACCUGAAGAUUACCUGAAGGUCUUCAUGGAGACAGAGGUCAAACCGCUCUGGCCCAAAGGCUGGAUGCAGGCCAGGAUGUUGUUUAAAGAGAGCCGUAUGGCUCACAGUCAUCUCACUGGAAACACCGUGAAGAAAAAGGUGUUACCUACUCCAAAAGCUAAACCCAAACCUCAGGAUAGCGUUGUGGUCCAGCGACCGGCUGUCUCUGUUGAUGACACAACUCCUCCUACGUCUGUCCCACAGCGUGUCCCUUCCCCUCCUGAGCCCAUCUGUCUUUCGGAUUCUCUUGACGAGGAUCUGAGCCCUCCAUCACUGGACUCAAUUUCUCAGGCUCUAGCGAUGCUCAGCAGUGCUGCUAAAGGUCUGGUUCAGUCUGAUAGGCCCCCGGCCACAGACACGCCCAAACCGACCACACCGUCGUCAAUGCACGCAUCUCCACACCUACCGAAAAAACCCUCCCUGCCCCUUCCUCCAAGGAUCAUCUCGUCCUCUACAUCUCCGUCCGUCCGCAGUGAGGGCGUUCUAUCGCAAACACGGAGACAUAUGGUUAUUCCCGCCCAGCGACCUGCCAUGAUCGCGGGUGUUAAGUCAGGUGUGUCUGCCGUGCCCUCUCCCCCAAAACCACGCCCACCACCAAUGGCGUCGACUCUUCACGCCCCUCAGAAGAUUUUGGUGGGCAAAACGGUGGUGGCCAUGCCAACGGGUCCCAUUAAAACCAGCAAUAAUGCCAAUGGUCGAAUGAGCCGUUUGGAUACCGUUAGCUCAUUGCCACAGUCGCGGGCGCACACCAUUCUGACCUCUUCCUCGCCUUCAGUUUUAAACGUUAAAGCAGUUCAGCCUUUCCAUCUGACCUCACCGUCACAAGCCAAAAACCAGCCUCGCGACUCGCCAUCACCCUCGCAGCCUAAACAAACCCAGCACCAGCCUGGAUUCAUCACGCCUAUGCAGGCCACCAUCACCAAGUCACCCAACAACUCCAACUCACCCAUCAUCAAACUCACGCCCACUGCGACUCCUGUGCCAAGACAGCCCACGUUACCAAGCAUGCACCAGCACACCGCCAAGAGCCCAGUGUUUCACUCGGUGGGAUUCUCAGGGGGCAGUUAUAUCUCCCCCGUGGGGCGGAAGAAUUCAUCUCAGGGCAACAACAUCUCCGGUCUCACCACGACAACCUCAUCUGUUAACAAGCAAACGGCGACCAGCGCAUCACCAGUGGCAGGGACGGCCAAUCACAACCAGCGAAACAGACAAGUGGGAGGGGCCAGUCAAGGGGUGAAGACAAUCACGUCAGUUUCCACGGAAACCGCUUCUCAGCUUGCACAGGUAUCGUCCUCCAGUGCUUUGCUUGGAUCAGCAAGUCCUUCUCUGCCUCUUGGUUUUGGGAUGUUGGGAGGACUGGUUCCUGUCUCUCUCCCGUUCCAGUUUCCAAACUUGCUGAACCUUCCCUCAUCUGUAGUGUCCACUACGGCCACCAGCGGCGCAACUAACCCCAGCGGCUCCGGCUUCAACCUGACUCAGAAUUUGUUAAAGGGUCUAAUGUCAGGGACUCAGGCUGCUCUGCCGCCACACUUGCAGCUGGCUUUCUCAGAUGUCAAGCAAAGCCAAGGCGGGGAUUUGAAGAGGAAGCCAUUGUGACAUCAUAGAACUCGAGUGAGCUGAACUCUUGACUGCUGGCUGAUCCAGGACUGACUCCGCCCACUUAUGCAUGAUCUGCUGGCUGUCCAAUGAGACAGAAUUUUUUUUAUACGCAUUUGUACAUAUGUAUCAAUGUUUACACAGACUGACCUGAAUCACUGUGGACAGGGAGGGCGUGUGUGUUUGCAUGUUUUUAGCGCGCAGCUUCUGUAAAUGCUAGUUUUUUAAAUGCAUUGGCAGUUUGAAUAAGCAUUAAUGAAUGAAUGAAUGAAUGAACAAAUUAAUCCCUCCCUCUCUCCUACAUAGGUCAUUGUCGUCUCUGGUGCUGUUCAAGAAUUAAGAUGCCCCCUUUAAAAUAAAAAUGAACUGAACCAAAUGUAAAGGGGCAGGAGGCUAAAAAUUGUAAUAUACUUGAAUUUUCAGGAUUUGUUUACUUGCACUUCAGGACACAAAUGAAAUAAACA